AUGGACACACAAGCAGGAAUAUCUCAGAAGGACAUCUAAUGUUAUCCCCGGAUUGUGACAUAAAAGAUAAUGACAGUAGACAGGAUUCUCCAGGAGCUAACCCCAUUACCCCAAUUAUACAUCCAGCUCUAUCAGCUGGUCCCUCUGAUCCUGGGAAAUGUUCUCCUGAUCACUCUGAUAUUGGUGCAUCUGUUACAGCUCUGACAGUAGAUACAGAGUUUCCCUGUGCUAUAGAUGCCAAAUGUUUUACACAGAACACAAAGCCUAUUAACCCACACACAGGUAAGGCAGGUGAGAGGCCACUGAUAUGUACUGAGUGUGAGAAAUGUUUUACAUACAAAUCAGAUCUUGUUAUACAUCAGAGAAGUCACACAGGUGAGAAGCCAUUUCCAUGUUCUGAGUGUGGAAAAUGUUUUGCAAGCAAAUCAGAUCUUAUUAAACAUCAGAGAAGUCACACAGGUGAGAAGCCAUUUUCAUGUUCUGAGUGUGGGAAAUGUUUUACACGGAAAUCAUAUCUUGUUACACAUCAGCGAACUCACACAGGUGAGAAGCCAUUUCUUUGCUCUGAGUGUGGGAAAGGUUUUGCAAACAAAUCAGAUCUUGUUAAACAUCAGAGAAGUCACACAGGUGAGAAGCCAUUUCCAUGUUCUGAGUGUGGGAAAUGUUUUACACGGAAAUCAUAUCUUGGUACACACCAGCAAACUCACACAGGUGAGAAGCCAUUUCUAUGCUCUGAGUGUGGGAAAUGUUUUGCAAACAAAUCAAAUCUUGUUAUACAUCACAGAAGUCACACAGGUGAGAAGCUGUUUUCUUGCUCUGAGUGUGGGAAAUGUUUUACACAAAAACCACAUCUUGUUAUACAUCACAGAAGUCACACAGGUGAGAACCCAUUUCCAUGUUCUGAGUGUGGGAAAUGUUUUACACAGAAAUCAUAUCUUGUUACACAUCAGCGAACUCACACAGGUGAGAACCCAUUUCCAUGUUCUGAGUGUGGGAAAGGUUUUGCACACAAAUCACAUCUUGUUAAACACCAGAGAAGUCACACAGGUGAGAAGCCAUUUUCUUGCUCUGAGUGUGGGAAAUGUUAUACACAAAAAUCACAUCUUGUUAGACAUCAGCGAACUCACACAGGUGAGAGGCCAUUUCCAUACAUUUUUGGCUAUCUAUAUUUUCAACUUAAAAGUUACAUUACUCUGCACAACAUGGACAAAAUAUCCUUUAAAGCACAGAAACAAUUCAAGUUACGUGUUAGUAUUGCAGACAGAAUAAUCAGACCUUCCCCCCACCCUCCUCUCCUCCAGCGUACUCCCAGUUCUUGCCUGGUCUAUGAAUAUUCUCUGCCAAGUGAACUGGAACGUCUCAGCAACUUAGUUGGGAAACCAUCCGUGAACCACCCACUCAAUAACAGCGGCUUACUCAGCUUGGACCCAGUUCACGACAAGACCCCUCUGUACAGUUCUUCUUCUGCAAGCCGCCCUCCUCUAAGGCGCCCAUCACAGGGCUCUGAGAAUUUACAGAGGAGGCCCAGUAAGACACGUCGUGUGGAGUCUGAAUCUGCGCCUCCAUCUUCACCACCCAGGCGGCGCAUCUCCGCAGUCUUGCCCCAGCCACCACAGGCAAUUUUGGCAAGUCCCCAAAGUGAUGAGCCACGAUCACCUCAGCUGUCUGAAGAGACGUAUGUGACUGAUUUAAAGGCAGAAGAUCUAGAGGUAGAAGACGAGACAUAUGUGAGGGGUGAUCAGCAGUGUAAGGAGGAGGAGAUCCCUACAGAUAUCAGCACAGCAGAUGGACACACAAGCAGGAAUAUCUCAGAAGGACAUCUGUUAUCCCCAGAUUGUGACAUAAGAGAUAAUGACAGUAGACAGGAUUCUCCAGGAGCUAACCCCAUUACCCCAAUUAUACAUCCAGCUCUAUCAGCUGAUCCCUCUGAUCCUGGGAAAUGUUCUCCUGAUCACUCUGAUAUUGGGGCAUCUGGUACAGCUCUGACAGUAGAUACAGUGUUUCCCUGUUCUAUAGAUGCCAAAUGUUUUACACAGAACACAAAGCCUAUUAACCAGCACACAGGUAAGGUAAGUGAAAGGCCACUGAUAUGUUCUGAGUGUGGGAAAUGUUUUACACAGAAAUCACAACUUGUUACACAUCAGAGAAGUCACACAGGUGAGAAGGCAUUUCCAUGUACUGAGUGUGGGAAAUGUUUUGCACACAAAUCAGUUCUUGUUAGACAUAACAGAAGUCACACAGGUGAGAAGCCAUUUCCAUGUUCUGAGUGUGGAAAAUAUUUUGCACACAAAUCACAUCUUGUUAUACAUAACAGAAGUCACACAGGUGAGAAGCCAUUUUCUUGCUCUGAGUGUGGAAAAUGUUUUACACAGAAAUCACAACUUGUUACACAUCAGGGAAGUCACACAGGUGAGAAGGCAUUUCCAUGUUCUGAGUGUGGGAAAUGUUUUACUCAGAAAUCACAACUUGUUACACAUCAGAGAAGUCACACAGGUGAGAAGGCAUUUCCAUGUUCUGAGUGUGGGAAAUGUUUUGCACACAAAUCAAUUCUUGUUAGACAUAACAGAAGUCACACAGGUGAGAAGCCAUUUCCAUGUUCUAAGUGUGGAAAAUAUUUUGCACACAAAUCACAUCUUGUUAUACAUAACAGAAGUCACACAGGUGAGAAGCCAUUUUCUUGCUCUGAGUGUGGGAAAUGUUUUACAUGGAAAUCACAACUUGUUACACAUCAGAGAAGUCACACAGGUGAGAAGGCAUUUCCAUGUUCUGAGUGUGGGAAAUGUUUUACACAGAAAUCACAACUUGUUAGACAUCAGAGAAGUCACACAGGUGAGAAGGCAUUUCUAUGUUCUGAGUGUGGGAAAUGUUUUGCACACAAAUCAGUUCUUGUUAGACAUAACAGAAGUCACACAGGUGAGAAGCCAUUUCCAUGUUCUGAGUGUGGAAAAUAUUUUGCACACAAAUCACAUCUUGUUAUACAUAACAGAAGUCACACAGGUGAGAAGCCAUUUUCUUGCUCUGAGUGUGGGAAAUGUUUUGCACUGAAAUCAGAUCUUGUUAGACAUCACAGAAGUCACACAGGUGAGAAGCCAUUUCCAUGUUCUGAGUGUGGGAAAUGUUUCACACAGAAAUCACAACUUGUUACACAUCAGAGAAGUCACACAGGCGAGAAGGCAUUUCCAUGUUCUGAGUGUGGGAAAUGUUUUGCACACAAAUCAGAUCUUGUUAUACAUCACAGAAGUCACACAGGUGAGAAGCUGUUUUCUUGCUCUGAGUGUGGGAAAUGUUGUGUAAGUAAAUCACAUCUUGUUAUACAUCAGAAAAGUCACACAGGUGAGAAGCUGUUUUCUUGCUCUGAGUGCAGGAAAUGUUUUAUCCAAAAAUCACAUCUUGUUAGACAUCAGCGAACUCACACAGGUGAGAAGCCAUUUCUAUAUUCUGAGAAAUAAAUCAGCUCUUGUUACACACAAUAGACAUCACUCAGGUGAGGAACCAUUUUAAUCUUCUGGAGUAUAGUUAUCAUUGCCAUGCGUUGUUCUUCAAGGUUCUUAUCCUAUCUCCUAUGCUUUUUGCAAUAUACAUGUUACCACAGUGAAAUAAUCAGAUGUCAUGUCCUCAUCUACCACUGCUAUACAGAUGACCUGUCUUUUGCUCCAGGUACUGAGAACCCAGUACCAAUCCUAAAUGGUUGUCUAGCUGAGCUCCAGGUAUGGGUGAUGCCAGUUGGCUGUGACAGUCCUGGCGAAAUAGGUCCUUAUGAUAGAAGCUAGAGUUACAAAAUGCUGAUCCUGUGCAGAAUCUUGGUGUCCUGGAUUGUGGAGUGACACUUAGACAUCAGGUAUCAGCCACAAUCAGAUCCUCAUCUGAGGAACAUAGCCAGACUCCAGCACUUAAUUCCCUCAGAAGAUCUACCUACAGUCACACAUGUACUUGUAUCAUCACGCAUAGACUACUGCAAUGUCCUCUACCUGGGUCUCCCAGCAAAAGAAUUGCACCGGUUGUAGCUUGUAUAGAAUGCAGCAGCCAGGCUGUUACCUAACCUGCCCG